AUCACCACUUCCAUAACACGAAGAGUCAAUACCAAAAAGCUAACUCCAUUAUUAUCGUCUCUCUCUCCAAAAAAAAAAAUCAAUGGCGUCGUCGAGACUUUGCGAUUCGUGCAAAUCGACGACAGCCACUCUAUUCUGCCGCGCAGACGCCGCAUUUCUCUGCGGCGUCUGCGACAGUAAAAUCCACACAGCUAACAAACUCGCUUCACGUCACGAGCGAGUUUGGCUAUGUGAAGUCUGUGAACAAGCACCAGCACACGUCACGUGCAAAGCCGACGCAGCCGCGCUUUGCGUCACGUGCGACCGUGAUAUCCACUCAGCCAAUCCGCUCUCUAGCCGCCACGAGCGCGUACCAAUCACUCCUUUCUACGACACUGCUCCAGCAAAAUCCGCUUCUUCCUCUGUCAAUUUUGUAGAAGAAGAUGGUGGUGACGUCUCUGCGUCGUGGCUUUUACAUAAAGAAGGAAUCGAAAUCACGAAUUUGUUUUCCGAUCUUGAUUAUCCGAAGAUGGAAGUAACGUCGGAGAAUAGCUCCGGUAACGACGGAGUUGUUCCUGUGCAGAAUAAGAUGUUUCUCAAUGAAGAUUACUUCAAUUUCGAUCUCUCUGCUUCCAAAGUUUCUUCAAACAGAUUCAAUUUCAUCAACCAAACGGUAUCGUCGAGAUCGAUAGAUAUAGCGUUGGUGCCUGAGAGUGGAGGAGUUACGGCGGAGAUAACAAACACGACGACGGUGACGCCAGCUGUGCAGUUGUCACCAGCGGAGAGGGAAGCUAGGGUUUUGAGGUAUAGAGAGAAGAGGAAGAAUCGGAAAUUUGAGAAGACGAUUAGGUAUGCGUCGCGUAAAGCUUACGCUGAGAUGAGACCGAGAAUCAAAGGACGUUUUGCUAAGAGAACUGAUUCGAGAGAGAAUGAUGGUGGAGACGUCGGAGUUUAUGGUGGUUUUGGUGUUGUUCCGAGUUUCUGAUAUUUUCCGGUUAAAGAAAGAUGGUAGUAUCGGUUAUUAGAAGAUUAAUGAUGAUUAAAACUAAAAUGUGUCCUGAUUU